AUGGCAAUCCCUUACGGCGCGGGGCAGCGCAGCUCGCACUUUGAAAGCGCGCAAGAGGCCAACGACAUCUACAACCUGUACGGCCGUGAUAGCUGGGCGUCGGCGUCCGACUCGCACCACGUGCUCCCACACCAGGCGCGAGACAUGGCCGGCGACCAUGAAGAGCUCGAGGAGCUCGACGCGAGCCAGUAUUCGGACGCCGACGAUGAUGUGUACGUGACACCCCGGCCGUUCGAUACGGGCGACUACGUCUCGGUUCCGCUUCAGCAGCAGCAGUCGCACGACCAGUGGAACUUGGCGCGACCCUCGACCGCACAGGACUUUACGCGGCAGGACGACGAGUGGAGCGUUGGCGGACAUUCGGAGGCCCCGCAGCAUCCACCGGCGCAGGGCAUCGCGGUUGGACAGGCGCUCACCCAUGAUUAUGCGCAUCCUGCGGAACGGCAUAUCGUGCCUCACCAGCUUGCGCAGACUUGGACGCCGGAGCCAGUUGAUCCCGACAGACGCGGGAGCCGCACCACACCGCCCCGCACCCCUGAUGUAGUGGUGCACCAGUCUCCCGAUCCUCCAGAGGAACGGCGUUCCUCUUCCGCCAUACCCCUGCGCUUACGCGUGGACAACUCGCCACAGACACCACCCGCGUUAUCACCCACCGAAUCUACGUCGCCGAUACACCCCAGCAUAGCGCGGAUCGCAGCGACCCCGCGCAACGGCUCGGCAGUGAACAGCCUCGCGGCGUCGAACUCGUCCCUCGUCUCAUCACAGUACCCUGGCGAAGAGACUGAUGCGUUCCACGUGCGCUCUACGUACGCACGACUCGAGGUCGAGGGCGUAUACGGCGACGGCUGGGACGAAGGCGUCGAGCGCACACGCGGUGGCAUUGGGGCUGGCUCGCGUGUGACCACGACCUGGGCCGCGUCGAGCCUCAUGACAGACCAGGAGCUCAAGUUCCUCAAAAGCCUGGAUCGGUACGGCUUCGUGGACGCCGACACCAAGACGAGAUCGGAGCACCGGCUCGUGCGUGUACCAGCUGCGCGCUUCAAGUCCCACCCAAAAGUGACCGCGAAGAGCGCUGGCGAGGUCAAGGUUGGACCUGCAAAGGGGCCGCCACCCUCGCCGCCUAUCGUGCCAGCGGGAGGACCUAGCCGCGCCGACGAAACGCGGCACAGGAAGAGGGAAGCCGAGCGCGUCGGUAAGUGGAUGGCGAUGAUGAGUGUUGCGGACCGAGACGAGGGGCGGAACGUGAUCGGCUGGCGAUGGAGUUCGACCGAGGGGGGGAAGCACACCACACGUAUAUGGAAGGGCAUCCCAGACCGAUGGCGUAUGGCGGCGUGGUGGACACUGGCCGAGGCUGCCGCCGACCGAGCGCGACGGAACGGCGAGCGUGUACCGAUACACAACGCGCUUGAGGCCGACUACAAUAUGCGCAAGGACCUGCCUAGCACGAAUGACGUGCAGAUCGACCUCGACGUGCCCCGUACAAUCUCGGGACAUGCUCUGUUCCGCACGCGCUUCGGCCAUGGGCAGCGCGCCCUCUUCCACGUCUUGCACGCAUUCUCCCAAUCUUGCGGGACAUGUGGAUACUGCCAGGGCAUGGGGAGUGUGGCCGCAACCCUGCUAUGCUACUUUGAGCCGGAGGAACGCCUAAUGGAAUCGAUCAUGCCAGACGUAUACGCGAGCUUUAAACGGAACAUGAUCUCGUCAUCAGCCUGGGGCGCCAAGAUCUACAUCACGCUCUUCGUCAAUGUCGUCCCCUUCAAUGUCCAACUCCGCCUCUGGGACGCCCUCUUCCUCGACGGCAUCGACGUCAUAAUUAUUGGUGUUAUGGCCUUGUUGUGGGCGUUCCGGCGUGAACUCGCCCACCCUUCGGCCGACUUUGAGAGUAUCCUCUCCUUGCUCAGCAGCUACUAUGUGCCCGAGGACGACGACGCCAUGCUCGAGUGGAUGCGCCGGUUGCUGUGGCAGUCCGGGGUGCGCGAAAUGCUCAUGCACUGGCGGCGCGAGUGGCGUAAAAAGGUCGAACAGGGAGUUAGUGAGGACGCGCUGCUGUAG